ACUGUGAAUGAGAAUUUAAUGGAAAAUGAUAGGUCAUAUAAUGAUUCUAUUUUUCAAGCUGCAGUUGAUAUAGCACAAAAUAUACCAAAAAAAGGUUUGAUCAGUAUAUCUUUAAACGAGAAAUUAGAACUUUAUUCCUUAUUUAAGCAAGGAACAGUUGGGGAAUGUAAUAUUCCAUGUCCGCCAUUUUGGAAUACUGCUGAACGUCUAAAAUGGGUUUUUUUUAUGCAUUCUUGGAAUUCUUUGGGAUCAAUGAAAUCUGUAGAAGCAAGAAAACUUUACAUCAGACAGUUCAAAGGCAUCAUUAAUCGUGGACUAUGUGAAUAUGAUUUUAAAGAGCUAUUAAAAAGAAGCGACGAACGUACAAAACAGUUAUUGAGAGUGAAAUUGCCUAUUCUUGGAUAUGGUACACAUGUGUUCUUAAAACAUCUUAAUUUUUGUCUGAGUCGAUCAGAAAUGGAUGAGCAAUCUGAUCGAUAUUCAGUGUCAAGCACAUAUAGCGAUGAAUUCUUUGAUGCCUCUUGCGAUCAAGUAGGAUAUAUAUUCCCUUAA